AUGUUCAAGCGCUCGUUCCGGUCCAACAACAGCCAGCAGGCUGCUGCCAUGGACUCGCAACACCGCGUGGACAAGACGGCGAGGCUGAUGAAGAAGGGCACCACCACGGCGGGCUCCGUGCGGGAUCCCACCAAGUUGUCGAAACUGCAGCGGUCGCUAUCCGAACGCGAGGAGGCUUCAGCGUCAUCGUCACGCAUGAAGCUCGACUCUAACAAAUCCCUUGCGCCUUCGCCGAUUGUCACCCUGACCGUCGGCAGGGAGGGGCGGCUGUUUGCGGCUCACGAGGAUGUCCUCUGCCAGAGCUCGUUCUUUCAACAGGCUCUGCGGGGGCAAUACCUCGAGCAGUCGUAUGUGCAGAGUAGGAGAAUCGCGCUCCCGGAUGAGGAGCCGGAGAUCUUCUCGGCGGUCCUCGAGUACCUCUACAAGGGCGACUACUACCCCCGCUUGUUGCAUAACAAGCACCGCAACUCUUGGGAGCUCGAGGACUCUGUCCCGCGCCGAGGAACACCUCACGCAUCACCCAACAUCAACGAAAACGGAGGCGGCCGCGCAGGCUCCUCCGCGGCGUCGUCACCGUACACGCCGUCGGCUGUCGAGGCAACCGUCUAUCUAUCCAGUGUAGGGCAGCACCUGCUCCGCGACACGGUCGUGUACUGCGCCGCGGAGCGGUACGGGCUGGAGGAGCUCAAGCGGCUCGCGCUGCGCAAGCAGGGCCUUCAGUCGGGCAUCGACGUCGGCACCAUCCUUCGCAGCGCGCAGUACUGCUAUGCCCACACGCCGGACUCGGACAGCCGCCUGCGCGCUCAUUACCUGGCACUCAUCAUCCGAUGCCGCAAGACCUUCAAGAGGAGCGGCACCAUGCAGGCCGAGAUGGAGCGGGGUGGAGAGGGUGGCAAGCUGUUCUUCGACCUGUUUGUCGCGCUGUGCAACCACCUCGACGAUGUCAUUGAGGCGGGCAACAAAGGCACGCCCAGGACCAUCUGA